AAGUGAAGUGGCUGGUCCAUGACCUUGCCACGGAACGUUUCGUAAGCGGUACUUAUCACAGGGACGCUUGCGCCCCGCUCUCUGUUGCCUUGAAGCUCUCACACACCGCCCAACUCUCCUCUCCUACAUAACCUCUGCCACGCCACACCACUUGCACAACUUUCUGCGACUACCCGCUGCAGCUUUACCACCCAAAACCCACACCACAGCAAACUUAUCACUGCCAAUAUGCGCUCCAAGUUCAAGGACGAGCACCCGUUCGAGAAGCGCAAAGCCGAGGCCGAGCGCAUUCGCCAGAAGUACAAUGACCGCAUUCCCGUCAUCUGCGAGAAGGUCGAAAAGUCAGACAUCGCGACCAUCGACAAGAAGAAGUACCUGGUCCCUGCCGACCUUACCGUCGGCCAGUUCGUCUAUGUUAUUCGCAAGCGCAUUAAGCUGUCGCCUGAGAAGGCCAUCUUCAUCUUCGUCGAUGAGGUCCUGCCACCCACAGCUGCUCUCAUGAGCUCGAUAUACGAGGAGCACAAGGAUGAGGACGGCUUCCUUUACAUCACCUACUCGGGCGAGAACACGUUCGGCGAGGCGAUCUGAGUAGCCCACUCCCUUUAUACUUCUUCGAUAUCAUGCGGCACGGGCGUUUCGGAAUCACGGGCUUUCUCAUUCUUCUCCACAACACGACACAUGGGCA